AUGUUUGUUCCACAAUCUGUAGGCGCGCAGUACGCACUUGUGCGGAAUGACUCGCUAGGUCAAGCUUCUGACAUUGCUUGGUACCAAUGGACCAUGAGAUUGGCUCUUCGCUCUCCCAAUGACCUUAUCGCAGUCCAAGGGGUACUUGCGCUGGGUCUUUUCCACGACGACCGGGAUCGUGCAACCGAAGAGUCUGCUCUAUGA